AUGGCGGCGCCCGCGCCUUCAGCCACGGCGAGUCACGCGCCUCCAAAGCCAAAAGAGGUGUUUUGCAUCACCAGCGAAUAUGACUGGAGCUUCACGACGGAGAUCAUCAGGCCGGAGUCAGCAAUGAUACUGGCGACCUCCUCUCUCGGAAAGGACGCAGAAGGCAACAUUGCUGCUGACCCAAUCGCGCGGCUGGGUGGGUGA